GGACCCAGCGGAGAUGCAGCAACAAUUGCAAGUCGACUCCUGCAGUUCUCUGUGAGAGUGCCUUUCUCUUCUGCUGCGGAGGCAGACAUGGCCCGCAGAUCCCUGGUCGCCAACGCCCAGCGUCAGCUCUUAAUGGUUCCGCAGGAGUUCACUGUGAAUGACAGUAUCUUAGCUGUUAGGUGGACUACAGAAGACCCUGUUCUCUUCCGCAUUUCCAUCAAUAACUUCCUUGAUCAACUCUCCCUGGUCAUGAGAAACAUUCAGCACCUUCAGUUUGUGGCUUUUAAACGAAGAAGAGAAAGAAGUCAUAAUAACUGAUCUGUUACCUGCUAUAAGACAAGACAGAAGCAUUUCAUGCUUUUGGUAAUUGUCACUUUGCCUUCAAAGUUCAAUGUUUUUGAUGCUCAUAUGCCCUCUAUAAGCCUCUUGACAGGCUUGUUUCACUAUUGCUAAAGGAACAGGUACUUAAACA